AUGUUGAAUCAUCAAGUAGAACUCAGAAAAUACCAAUUCACUUUCAGAGAAAUAUAUAAUGUCCUAAAUCAUAUAUCAUAUGAUUUUCCUGAACAUUUUAUUAGCAUGCAAUAUGGUUGCGGCAUUCGACUAUCCUCUAUUUAUCACUCAUUUAAAGUGCCUGAUGAUAGACCUUCAAUAUGGCGACCUUAUUUUUAUUCACUUGUAUACACUUUAUUAAGUGGUUUAGUUGUCUUUUACUUGAAAAAAUAUUUUCGAUGGUGUGAAUUUAAUACUGUUGUGCCGACAGUAGCUUAUUUCACACAUGAAAGUUGGAAAAAGCUGAGUACUGAUUUUAUCACUGAUUUAAUUAAGAAUAAUAUAAUUCAACAUAAAAUUAAUAAUAAUUCAAUGUCAUUAAUUUAUUCCAAUGAAACUAUUAAUAAAACUUAUAUAUUAACAUAUAGUAUUGGACGUUUAUCUAUGAAACCUUUUGGAAAAGGUUUUCGUUUAGUUAUUAAUGCUAAUUAUCAUUUAUUAUCAUUAAAGAAUUUAAUUAAUCAAACAGAAUUAAAUUCAAAUAUUCAAUAUUCAAUUCAACCUUGUUUAAGUCUUAAUCAACGUUUAAAAUUAAAUAAUGGUUUAUUUGAAUUUCUUAGAAAAUUAAAAAUUGAAUUACCAGGUAUUUAUGCACCAUCUUUAUUAUCGACAAAAUCUGCAUUUAAAACUUUAUUAUCAUUUCGUUCACUUGUUUAUUCAAUAGGAUUUCGUCGAUUUUGGAUUGCAAAAUUAGAUAUUUUGGAUUUUUUCAAUCAAAUUAUUCAUUCUAAAUUACUAGAAGUUUUCUCUGAUACUUUAAAUGAAGUCAGCAAUUAUAUGUAUCCAACACCAAAUAUACAUUUCCUUGUUCGUGAAUUGGAAUGGUUUUUAAAAGAAUCCAUCAUUUCUAUUGAUGGAAAAUUAUAUUCGUUCAUCAAAGGUAUUCCCCAAGGAUCGUGUAUUAGUUCAGAUUUGGCUAAUAUCUAUUUAGCUCAUUUGGAUCGUCAAUUACAUAGAACACAAACUAUUCUUUGGUCUCCUCACAAAUUCCUACAAAAUGAUGUGUUCAAAACAACAGAUAUUCAUUUAAAUAAAUGUUCAACUAUUCUACGUUAUUUAGACGAUUAUCUGUGUAUAUCAACAUCUAAAAUUGAAUUACAAAAUUUAAUAAAGAGAAUAAACACUUCACUUAACUCUUAUGGAUUAUUAUUGAAUGAACAAAAAUUGCAAACUAAUCUAUAUGACUCAAAUGUCCCUAUAAAGUGGCUUGGGAUUGAAGUAUAUUCUAGUUUAGCAAUAACUUUACCCAAAAAUAAUAGUCCACCAAGAUUUUGUCGAUUUUCUGGUCAAUCGUUAUCAGCCAAUGAUUGCAUGAGACGAUUAUGUAAAUUUCGUCUUCAUUGUCCAACUUGGCGUUUCACUUUCCACAAGAUAAUCUAUAAUACUAACAUUAGGCAAAAUGUAUUUAUUUGUAAAAAUGCAAAUAUCAGAAAAACAGAUUAUUUGUUACAAAUCAACGCUAAUCGAUUAGGCAACAAAAUAGCUGAUAUUGUAUGGAUAUCUUUGAAAACUUCACCGGAAAAAGAUCGAUUACUUCUACCUUCUGUAUCUCGAAGACUAGCAAAGGUAAUAUGUAGGUGUAUAUCUGUCAAUAUUGGCUUUAAUCGUUACUGGUUAUAUCAUUUAACUGUGAAUAGUUUUAUUAAACGUUUACUUCCACAUAAAGAUAAAGUAAUAUCAAAUAUUUCAAGUCGUAAGCACGAUCAGAUGUCACGAGAAAAAGCUAAAAGCAAUGAACAUAGUGAAGAACAAAAGUAUCAAUAUGCUGUUUUUGCACAAAUGGAAAGUCUGAGUGAAAAACUCAAACUACUGAAUUAUGAGAAAAAAUUUUGCAAGCGACGACAUCAAAAACCUAUCACAAGACAUUAUUUUGCAAUUCCUACUAAUCCUGGUGAACAAUUUCAUUGUUUCACUACCCUAGCUGCGUGGCUGAUUUCACAGGCAAACUGUAAAAUUGACCAACCGCAAGAAUACGACGAUCCGAAUGCAACAAUAUCAACUAUUUUAGAUGCUGUCAGAACUCUAGGAUAUGUUGUAGAGUUCCCACCUUUAAAACUGAAAAGUGGAUGUGGUGAAUAUUGCAUUAAUGUUCUUAACAUGUUGGCCGACGCAAGCCUGCAGGUUCAAAACAUUAAACUCCUACCACCUGAAUAUCCAGAAGAUGAAGUAGAAGAGUCUGGUGUUCAAGACGGUGAAUCAUCGCAAACUGACGAAGAAACAGAAGAGUGGGUCGGAUCUUCAAUCGGUAGUCGAUUCAAAUAUAGUCUGUCAGACUGCGACAGGCUAGGGAAUUGUGAGGAACAAAGUGAUGAUGACGAUGAUGAAGAGGUGGUUGACUUAAAAGGAAUUAAUCUAAAACCUAACCAAAGUCAUAAAACAGAUUUGACCGAAAAACAGACAGAACUUAAACCUGCAGGCAAAAUAGAUGAGAAAAGACCGAAUAAUCGUGCAGUCUUAGAAUGCUCUACAGACCCAGCAGAUUGGAAACUUGAAGUUGAACGGAUAUUACCACAACUACGUGUCAAUGUUCACAGUGAUGUCAAAGACUGGAGAACUCAUCUGGAUCAAAUGAAGCAGUUGAUAAUGGAAAUCGAAACUACCUUUCAGGAUGCUAAAUUCCAAUUAAUCAGAUUACACGAUGAUCUGAAUUCAGAUGUCGAUAAAAUAAAUAACCGAGAGAAGUAUAUGAAUAAUCAAGUGGAGCCUCUGUUGGCGCAAUAUAGAACUGUACAGGAUAACUUAAAUGAUAUAAAUGCCAAGUAUCGAGAAGCAAGUGGCGGAAUCACUACUCGAAGUCGUACUUUAUCUGAAAUCAGUGAAGAACUGGAACGUGUCAAAACAGAGAUGGACGAAAAAGGCUUGAGUAUGACAGACAGUUCGUCUGUAGUGCGUAUUAAACAAGCUAUUCAGCGUCUUAAGUCAGAGAUUACUACGAUGGAUAUCAGAACUGGUGUUUUGGAGCACAUCCUACUUAGAACACAUUUACGAGUUCGUGAAGAUAGUCAGAAACCAUUUACUAAGAUGAUGGAAUCGUCAAAUGGAAAUGGGGCAUUUGUCUUUUGA